AUGUCAAGCCCAAGAUCUUCCGCAGGUAUGGACCUUGCUCCCAAGAAAGCCAGUAUCCCAGAUACCUCAUAUCCGAUCGAGUUGAGGAACCAGCUUGGUGUCCAUGGUCUCACGCCGCCGAAUGUUGAGAGCCAUGCGCUGCAACUCCAGAGAUGCCUUAAGCAGCUAGACUCCAAGACAACCCCGAUUGAGAAGUACACUUACCUAAGCAACCUGAGGAACAACAACGUGCAUCUCUUCUAUCGACUGGUCCUUGCGAAUUUCGAGACUAUUGCUCCUUUGAUCUACACUCCUGUUGUCGGUGAGGCUUGCUUGAAGUGGUCAGAGAUCUAUCAACAAGCAGAAGGUCUCUACAUCUCGUACAAGGAUCGCGGAAGCAUUCUCCAAGUUCUACAAAAUUGGCCCCAACCCAACGUCGAAAUUACCGUGGUUACCGAUGGCUCCCGGAUUCUCGGUCUUGGCGAUCUCGGGAUCAACGGUAUGGGGAUUCCCGUCGGGAAGCUUGCUCUGUAUACGGGCUGCGCUGGUAUCCGACCUGAGGUGACCCUGCCAUUGUGCUUAGACUUGGGUACGAAUAACGAGAAUCUCUUGAAGGAUCCGUUGUACAUGGGUGCCAAGAUGAGAAAAGUGUCUGAGAAGGAAGAGAGUGAUUUCUUGGAUGAGUUGAUGGUUGCUUUGAACACGAUGUGGCCUGGGAUCGUCGUCCAAUUCGAGGACUUCAAGAACCCCUUCCCAGCUCUUGAGAGAUAUCAACAUAAAUUUGGGUUCUUCAAUGAUGAUAUCCAGGGAACCGGUGCGGUUAUUCUUGCUGGCAUCAUCAAUGCUUUGAAGAAGAGUGGUGUUCCAGCGAAGGAACAACGCGCUGUCUUUAUGGGAGCUGGAAGUGCGGGUGUAGGUGUUGCCAAGCAAAUUGUCGAGUACUUCAUCAAGGAGGGCUUGACUGAGGAUGAAGCCAGAAAGUGUUUCUGGUUCGUCGAUACAAAGGGCCUCAUUACCAACGACCGAGGAGAUAAGCUUGCUGCUCACAAGGUCUACUUCUCGCGUGACGACAAUAACGGCCAACAGUUCAAGUCUCUCCCCGAAGUCGUCGAUUACGUGAAGCCAACGAUCCUCAUGGGUCUGUCAACAAUCCGAGGCAUCUUCGAUAAGAAUAUCCUCGAGACUAUGGCUAAGUUGAACAAGCACCCUAUCAUCUUUCCACUGUCGAAUCCAUCCAGCAACUCAGAAUGUACCUUCGAGGAGGCUAUCAAGCACACCGACGGGAAAGCUAUCUUUGCUAGUGGCAGUCCCUUCCAACCAUACCUCUACAAGGACAAGGUCAUGAUUCCAAGUCAAGGAAACAACAUGUAUGUUUUCCCUGGAAUUGGCCUUGGAAGUAUCCUCUGCAAAACCGCCAAUAUUACCCAGGAAAUGAUCUAUGCCUCAGCCGUUGCCCUCAGUACCGCUAUCACAACCUCCGAACUCAACGAUGGCCGUCUCUACCCCGAACUCUGCCGCAUCCGCGAGUGCAGUGUAAUCGUUGCCCGUGAAGUAAUCCGUCAAUCCCAGCGCCAGAACCUCGACGGCGAGAAGUCCCUUCGUGAUCUCAGUGACGCUGAUCUCGACGCUUGGAUCCGCAGCAAGAUGUACGAUCCGACGAAAGAGAGCAUCAUUCGCGCCAACCUAUAG